AUAAUUUCGCACCAGUAAUUAAAGGGUUAACGACCCCUCUGCUGCCCCCUGCUGGCAGUUUGUGAAACAGCGCCCCAAAAAACCCUGUGUUAAUAAAGUUGCUUCAGAAUAGUUGUGGAGACUCAGAGAGAGAUCUUUCAAAUAAAAAUAGUUUUUAUGUUAAAUAAAAACUUUAAAAAAAAAAACACACACACAAAACACCCUUCUAUAGCCAAGCAGGGAGCAGCGUGGCCUCAGCUGGCUUAUUGAGGAUCGAAGACCAUGGAGCUGCCCGGGGGAGAGGGAGAGGGAGAAGGGGAGCAGCGUCCGCCCGUUCCCUUCGCAGCGGAGAGCUAUGCUGCUGAGGCCAUGGCGGCCGACAUGGACCCCUGGGUGAUCUUCGACGCCAGAAAGACCCCCAGGGCCGAGUUCGAGGACUGGCUGGAGACUUACUGUCCGUCCCGAGUGCGCCGGUUCGGGGACCCAGAGAGGAACGCGGGUCCCGUCGGGUGGAUUGCGGUGUACAGCCCGGAUUACGUCCCCAGUGUGGGUGACGUGGUAGCCCUGCAGCAGGACUGGGAGAGGCUGCAGGCCAGCGGGAGGCCGGUGAACUUCGACACGGUCAAGGAGCUGGCCCUGAACAGCGGCGUGCUGACCGGGAAGUGGCUGAUGCAUCUGGAGUCCGGGUUCAAGGUGGACCACGCCUGGGAGGGCAUCGCCCGCGCCACCCUCGACGGCCGCAUCGCCAUGGCGAAGGUGAGCCCCCGCGGGCCCGACUCCUCGGACAGCAGGCACGUCAUCUGCGUCUACAACCAGACCUUCACCGACCAGGAGGAGGUGGUGAGGCUGGAUGCUGCCAUCCGGGCUACUGGCGUCAAGUGCCAGCUGUCCUACAAGCCUGACGUCUACACCUACCUUGGCAUCUACCGUAAGAACCGCUGGAAGCUGUGCCCCACCAUUUACGAGAGCCGGUUCGACUUGGAGCACAUGCCCAGGCGUUCGCUAAUCACCAAUAAAGUGACCAACACAGAGGUCACUUAGCCCACAUGCUGUUCGGUACUAGGAGGAAAUAAGUGUCACUUUCUUUCUAGCUUGACGCCAGCUCUUGUAGUACAUUGCAGCAGGAGUGUGCUGAUAACUCAUACCAUGAAUUACCUUUUAAAAAGUACGUUUGAUUUGAAAAACAAGAAAAGGUGUCAGUAAAAUGGAAACCCUGCUGUUUUGUGCGCCUCGUUGCAUAAAAUUUAGCGUUUAUCUGUGGGGCACACAUGUCCCUUGUCCCUACGUUGAUUGAAGCUAAACUGUUAAAACUAUAAAUGCUGACGCAAGCCAGCUGUGGGAUAGUGUUCAGAACAGCUCACAAAACAAUAAAAUUAGAAAAAUGAACGGAGCGGUGCAUGUGAUUUUGUUUUACUAAUUCUGUGGCAGCACACUUUUUUCUUUUUCGAUGGUACUGAUUUUAGGAUGUUCUCCGAUAACCCAUCAGCUUUCUAUUCACAGCCAGUACUGAAACGUAUCACUCUACAUGUUACAAGCCACGUUUAGAAUAAAACAGCCAAACGCAGCUAAGCCUGCAAUGCCCAUUCCUGUAUCACACCCCACACGAGGAUUAACCACCCCUCUAUUAUUAUUAUUUAAAUUCAGCCUCAGAAGCCAGAAUGUUUCAUAUGCAGCACAUUAUGUUCUGCCGGACAGAAGAGAAAAAAAUUAAUAAAUGAAAGUGCUUUGUAUGCUCGGGCACGACAGGGUGAAGGAAAUCUGAUCCAGAUGUGUUAAGGAGGCUGUGUGGUCCAGUGGUUAUAGAAACAGGCUUGUAACCAGGAGGUUCAAAUCCCAGCUCAGCCAC